UCACUAUAUGUUAAAAUGCAACUGUCAAAAGAAAUACAAAUAAUGCUGAUGGUCUUGGCGGCUUUAACGUUCAGCAUAUCAGUGUCGAAGCAAAAAGGACUAAGUAGCAACGGCCAGGACACAGUCUCCGUGUCCCUGCCUGGCGAUAUAGUUCUUGGCGGCCUCUUUCCUGUUCAUGAAAAGGGCGAUGGAGCCCCAUGUGGACCAAAAGUAUACAAUCGUGGAGUUCAACGUUUAGAAGCGAUGCUUUAUGCAAUUGAUCGAGUCAACAAUGACUCCAACAUACUUCCUGGAAUCACGAUAGGUGUUCAUAUAUUAGAUACAUGCUCGAGAGAUACAUAUGCCCUCAAUCAGUCGCUUCAAUUUGUACGGGCUUCGCUUAACAACUUGGACACUUCUGUGUUUGAGUGUUCAGAUACAUCAACUCCGCAGCUGAGGAAAAAUGCUUCGUCGGGUCCAGUUUUUGGAGUAAUUGGUGGAUCGUAUAGUUCGGUAUCCUUACAAGUGGCCAACUUGCUACGCUUAUUUCAUAUUCCGCAAAUAUCUCCGGCAUCUACUGCUAAAACCUUAUCUGAUAAAUCACGUUUUGAUCUGUUUGCCAGAACAGUGCCUCCAGACACAUUUCAAUCGGUAGCUUUAGUUGAUAUAAUCAAAAAUUUCAACUGGUCUUAUGUUUCUACGAUACAUUCAGAGGGGUCUUAUGGUGAAUAUGGUAUCGAAGCCUUUCACAAAGAAGCCAACGAACGUCACGUAUGCAUUGCUGCCGCUGAAAAAGUGCCAAGUGCUGCGGACGAUAAGGUUUUCGAUUCGAUUCUAAGUAAACCAAAAAAGCCAAAUGCUCGCGGCGUUGUGCUAUUUACAAGAGCAGAAGAUGCACGGCGAAUUUUACUUGCGGCUAAGCGUGCUAAUUUAUCGCAACCCUUUCACUGGAUCGCCAGCGACGGUUGGGGAAAGCAACAGAAAUUAUUGGAAGGAUUGGAGGAUAUUGCUGAGGGCGCAAUCACGGUAGAGCUGCAAUCUGAAAUAAUUGAAGAUUUUGAUCGUUAUAUGAUGCAACUAACGCCGGGGACGAAUCAACGAAAUCCCUGGUUUGCUGAGUAUUGGGAGGAUACUUUUAAUUGUGUCUUGGAGCCUGAAUCAGUAUCGAAUCUUAACAUUUCUUCUGGCAGCAAGUCUACAGCUAAAUCAAAAGCCAUAUGCGAUAGUACUUUACGGUUAUCGGAGAAAGUUGGAUACGAACAAGAAUCAAAGACUCAAUUUGUUGUGGAUGCUGUAUAUGCAUUUGCCUAUGCACUAGACAAUUUGCAUAAUGAUCGGUGCAAUAUCCAAGGUGAUCAGACAACGGAACAACGAAAGCAUCAACAACAUAGCGAGUCGGUGUGGUACAGACCAAUUUCAAGAAAUAGCAAGUCCCAAGCCUGUCCUGACAUGGCUAAUUACGAUGGCAAGGACUUUUACAAUAAUUAUUUACUAAACGUGUCAUUUAUAGAUCUUGCUGGCAGCGAGGUUAAAUUUGAUCGUCAAGGCGAUGGAUUGGCUAGAUAUGAUAUUUUGAAUUAUCAACGCCAGGAAAACUCAUCAGGAUAUCAAUAUAAGGUAAUUGGCAAAUGGUUUAAUGGAUUGCAGCUAAACUCGGAGACAGUCGUAUGGAAUAAGGAAGUGGAACAACCAACGUCUGCCUGUUCCCUGCCAUGUGAGGUUGGGAUGAUAAAGAAGCAACAGGGGGACACAUGCUGCUGGAUUUGUGACAGCUGCGAGUCAUAUGAAUAUGUUUUUGACGAAUUCACGUGCAAGGACUGCGGCCCCGGACUUUGGCCCUAUGCUGACAAGUUAUCUUGCUUUUCCCUUGAUAUUCAAUAUAUGCGCUGGAACUCGCUUUUUGCUAUAAUUCCCAUGGCCAUUGCUAUUUUUGGCAUUUCCGUGACAAUGUUAGUUAUAGUUUUAUUUGCGAAAAACCACGAUACUCCACUGGUCAGAGCAUCGGGCAGAGAGCUAAGCUAUACUCUUCUAUUUGGCAUACUGGUCUGUUACUGCAACACUUUUGCGCUAAUAGCAAAACCCACAAUUGCCUCCUGUGUACUUCAGAGAUUUGGCAUUGGCGUUGGGUUCUCUAUUAUAUACAGUGCCCUACUCACGAAAACCAAUCGGAUUUCACGAAUAUUUCAUUCGGCCUCUAAAUCAGCACAACGUCUUAAAUAUAUAAGUCCGCAGUCGCAGGUUAUAAUAACAGCAUCACUAAUCGCUAUACAAAUAAUAAUCACGAUGAUUUGGAUGGUUGUAGAGCCACCUGGAACGCGAUUCUAUUAUCCCGACCGCACAGAGGUGAUACUAAAAUGCAAAAUACAGGACAUGUCUUUCCUAUUUUCGCAGCUCUACAAUAUGAUUCUAAUCACAAUUUGCACGGUAUACGCAAUUAAAACUAGAAAAAUACCAGAGAAUUUUAAUGAAUCCAAAUUUAUUGGCUUUACCAUGUACACGACAUGUAUAAUAUGGCUAGCUUUUGUGCCCAUAUACUUUGGCACUGGCAAUUCUUAUGAGAUACAAAUCACCACAUUGUGCAUUUCGAUAAGUCUCAGUGCUUCGGUCGCCCUAGUUUGCCUAUAUUCACCAAAAGUCUACAUUCUCGUAUUUCAUCCAGACAAAAAUGUACGCAAGUUGACAAUGAACAGCACAGUUUACAGGCGAUCAGCGGCAACCGGAACUGGAGCCGGAGGAGGAGCUCAAGGUGCACCAAAUAGCUCCGGAUAUAGUCGGACACAGAUAGGAGCAAGCUGCACAACCUUACCUGCUCAAGGUGGAGCGGUAUGUGGUGCUAUGACCUCUUCAAGCGUGCAACCUAUUCAACAAAAUAGCCCAAAACUCAAUGAAAAAGUCGCAAGUCCAAUUGCCGAGUUUACGAAUGGCGAAUACCUGGUUGAAGAUGAAUUAGAAUGUGUAGGAUCAAUCUGUAGUGGCCGAGAAAAUAAUUAAGACAUAAUUAUCAUUAUUGUCAAAUUAAAAAA